UUGCAGCUGUUCAUAGGCGAUGGUAAUCACUUACCAUCAGCUGUGAAUUAUGGGCAAAGUAUUGCUUUCCAAACGAAGCCUGGUCUUCACCAAAAUUCCUGGAAGAACUCCAUUCAAAUCAUAAGAUGCUUUGCAGCAAACAUUUUGAAAGCACAUGCUUUAAUGAGAAGAAGUUGUUCAGAACAGCUGUACCUGGUGUUCAAUGCUAUAAGGAUACAACAAUUUCUAAUCCAGCCAGAUCUGCCAGAUCAACCUGCCAUAUUUGAACCUAUUGCUGGUCCAUCCAGAGUUUAUCCUUUAAGAGAACAUAAUCCAAACAUUAUUGCUCCAACCAAUGAUUCAUAA